AUGAGUUUAAACUAUGGUACAAGAGGUGUAAAGGGUAGGAACGAGGUAGGUAUUUUGUUUGAUAGGGAACUCAGGGAGCUAGUGAUAAAUGUGAGACGAGUGGAUGAUAGAUUGAUGGCUAUUAAUCUACUCGUUGGAGGGCAGAAUAUUAAUGUUAUUAGUGCUUAUAUACCUCGUGCGGACUUGGGCGAGGAGGCUAAUAGACACUUAUGGGAGGAUUUGGAUGAGGUUUUGCGAGGUGUCCCACACUCCGACAAGCUGUUCAUAGGUGUAGAUUUUAAUGGCCAUAUUGGGGCGUCUGCUAGCGGUUACGACGAAGUGCAUGGCGACUUCAAUUUUGGAUAUAGAAGUGAAGGAGGUACUUUGCUUUUGGAUUUUGCUAGUGCUUUUGAUUUAGUUAUAGCUAACGCGUGUUUUCACAAAAGGGAGGAGCAUUUGGUCCCCUUCCAUAGUAUAGUGGUCAAGAGCCACAUUGAUUAUCUUCUCUUCAGAAGCGAAUUGCAUUUUGAAGCUGCUAGAGAGGUGCUAGGGGUCUUGAAGGGUCACCCUAAUGGACAUAAAGGAUACUGGUGGUGGAAUGGACAAGUCCAGAAAAAAGUGAAAGCCAAGAAAGCAGUAUAUUUGAAGCGAGUAGAAAGCAGAGACGAGGAUGAGAGGAGUAUGAAUAGGGAAUGGUAUAUGAAAGCUACGAAGGAGGCAAAGUUAGCCGUUACGGAGGCUAAGAAUGCAACAUUUGGAUGGUUGUAUGAAGAACUUGGGGCCAAAGGCGGGGACAAGAAGCUACACGUGCUGGACAAGGAGAGGAAAAGGAGGAUCGUGACCUAG